CAAUACAUGACUCGCUCUUCUACCAUAGCUGCGUCCGCCUUGCGGCCCGCCGUCGUUCGCCUUGUCACUAGCCGGCCUGACAUCCCUUCGGUCGAGCAUGCUACAAUUCCAGGAAGAAAUUAGCAGGACCUAUUAUGCCAUAAGCUCCAGCGAAUAUCUACCCCAACGGCGAGGGUAAAAACAGGCGUCUCAAUCAAGACUCUGUGAGCACGAGGGGGAGGCAUAUGCAGCAAUGGUUAAUAGAGAGGGGCAUAGACCUGCAGUCCAACCUAUGGCUUUUCACCUUUCAGGGAAAGCGUGGCCUAUCCUCUCAGGUGAAGGCUUGGCCAAGCAUAUCUGGGAAUGCUGGCACGGGAACAGGGAUUUGGGCCAAGAGAGCAAGCUAGAAAAUAAAUACCCAGGUGACAAGGUG